UUCAUAUUCACACACAACAAGACAAGAUACGUUGUCAUCCUCGGUCAUUUCAUUUCUCUUCUUCCUCGUUCCAAACACAAACCAAAGAAGACUUAGAUCUCAUAAUUUCCCAUCUUUUCUAUCUCAUAAUCCAGUCACGCAAACAUACAAUUAUCAAUUCAAUUGAAUUAUCAAACAACUUUCUCCGAUUUCUUUGCUUUUUCUGUUAUAUUUAUUCCCCUGAUUUUUAGGGUUUUUGUUAUGGGUCUUGGUACAGACCAGGAAGAGGAUAAUAAACAUGGUAGAAAUAAUAAGGUUGUUGAUGAAGGGGAUGGUCCUGGAACAAAGUCUUCUGGGUCUGUGUCUUGUUCAAUCUGCCUUGAGGUUGUUAUGGAUAAUGGAAAUAGAUCCUUGGCUAAACUUAUUUGUGGACAUCAAUUUCAUCUUGAUUGCAUUGGUUCAGCAUUCAAUAUAAAAGGAGCAAUGCAAUGUCCUAACUGUCGGCAGAUUGAGAAAGGUCAAUGGCUUUAUGCUACCGGUUCUCGGUCAUAUCCAGAAUUCAACAUGGAUGAGUGGGCACAUGAGGAGGACCUAUAUGAUCUUAGCUACUCUGAAAUGUCCUUUGGAGUUCAUUGGUGUCCAUUUGGCAAUCUGGCGCGACUUCCAUCAUCUUUCGAGGAAGGCGAAUUUCCAUCCACGGCUUAUCCUGAUAUAAUCGGACAACACGCCGUAUUUGCUGAACAUACGGCUGUAUCAUCUGCAAGUCAUCCUUGCCCAUAUGUUGCUUACUUCGGACCAGUACAUCCAUCCUCCUCCAAUUCAGGUGGAACUGUAUCAGAAGCACCUAACUUCAACCAUUGGAACGGUUCAUCCAUGCCUGGUGAAAUGCCAGGCUCUUACGCAUUUCCUGCCAUGGAUCUUCAUUAUCACAAUUGGGAGCACCAUACCCCUCCUUUCUCUACGGCAAGCAGUCGUCUAGUUGCCGCCGAUCAGCCCUCGGUGUCACCCGCUAGUCAAAGGCCAGUCAGGGGUGGUUCAGAUGUACCGAGAUCCGGAUCUUUUAUGCAUCCCUUUCUUGUUGGUCACAGUUCUGCCGCGAGAGCGGGUAGCUCAAUCGGUUCCUCUAUGAUCCCCCCUUAUCCCGGUAGCAAUGCUCGAGCCCGUGAUAGAGUCCAGGCACUUCAGGCAUACUAUCAACCACAACAACAUCCUAACUCAACAACAAUGCGGGCACCAGUUGCUUCUGGAACCCGAAGAGCCAGCAGUCACAACGGUUCAACUCAGCUAGCACCAAUGGCCACAUCACCAGACCAAAGUGGCGGUUUCUUCCUUAUCCCGUCAAGUUCAUCAGGACGUAAUUACCAAGAAGAAAACCAUCUACCCAGUCGCUUCCACGCAUGGGAAAGAGACCACUUACCUUCAUUGUCGUUGAGUCAAACUGAUAGAGAUUCAAGUUGGAGACCGUACCACCAAAAUGCGAACCGGUCAGACCCGGGUACGAGGCCAAGCAACUUCCGUUUAAGGCAUGGAUCAGAUAGAAUGCCUUCACAAAAUCGGUAAUACAUGUCCUAUGCACUGCGAAGCAAACUCGCACUACUGUGGAAAAUCAGAACUUAUGUAUGCUUUGAAAAAAUGUUACAUAUUGCUUUGGCACUUUGGCCUUUUGGGUCUGUUAUGUUAAGGUACAUACAUUAUAUAAUCUGGCUGGCCUUGGAACUGAUUUUUCCGGCAGCCAACGUGGCUGUGUGAUGGACAUUUGCUUCGACUAUUUUAUGUGCCUCCGAGGACAUAAAAUAAGAUGGUAAAAUCAGGUUUUUUUGGAAGUAAUGCUGGAGCGUGUGUUUUCAAGUGAUAAAAUCAAUUGAAAUUGAAUGAGAUGAGAUCAAUUGUGGUUGGAUUUGUUGUGAGUGAAGUAUUUAUGUAUGAUAAAAACGCUCAUGCAAAUGCUUUUGUAUUGAGAACUUGAGUAAUUUUACCUUGUUUAUAAA